UACAUACCUCUGCCUGUACAUAACUACAUAAUUACAAUAUAUCUGUCAUCUAACCACACCAAUUCCUCCAAACCUAGAUACCCUGCUGUCUCUUGAAAGAACCAUCAUCACCUUUCAGCAAUUUUACCACAGACAUGGCAGAAUCCGAACACCAACGACAAAUCGAAGAGUUCGGCAAGGAUGACGACUUCUGGCUCUUUGGCUAUGGGAGUCUGAUAUGGAAACCUCCGCCACAUUUCGACCAGCGAAUCCCAGGCUACAUUGAAGGCUACGUGCGUCGGUUCUGGCAGGCAAGCGAAGACCACCGCGGCACGCCGUCAGCCCCAGGCCGCGUCGUGACGCUGAUCGACCGCGCGCACUGGGAGACGCUGGCUGACCACGACUCACACACGCCGACGGAGCGCGUCUGGGGCGCCGCGUACCACAUCCCCGCGAGGCACGUCGCGGAGGUCCGCGAGUACCUCGACAUCCGCGAGAUCAACGGCUACAGCAUCCAGUUCACGCCGUUCCACCCCGCGCCCUUCACCACGCAGAUAACGUCGCCGCCUGCGACUAGCCACGGUGCUUCGCCUGUGACGUGCCUCGUGUACAUCGGACUCCCGGAGAACCCGCAGUUCCUGGGCCCACAGGACACUGACGAGCUAGCCGCGCACAUCCUGCGGAGCAGGGGCCCCAGUGGCGAGAAUAGGGAGUAUCUGUUUAACCUCGAGAAGAGCCUGCUGGAGUUGAGCGCGGAGAGCGGCGACAGGCAUAUUAGUGAUUUGGUGAGGAGGGCGAGGGCGAUAGAGAGGGAGAGGGGGGAUGGGAGUGGUGGGGAGGAUGGUGAUGAUCAUCGGGGGGAUAGGAGGGUAGGAGUGCCGUUGCAUAAGGUUGGGAGUACGGAGGAGCAGGAGGAGGUGGAAAGGUAGGGUGUAGGGGUUGUUGCAAAUGUGAGUUGAUUCAAUUAAGAGAAAUAGCCGCAGAUGGGUGUAAACAUCGUGUAGUCGGAUUGAUGACAUCGUGUUGGACACGAGAUGGAAGAUAGCCGAUUGAUGGAAAUACUACGCCAAGCACGGAUGCCCGGUUUGCAGUUUGCAUCCGAAAAGUUGAUCAGGUAGACUACGAAAUAUGAGUAACGAAAGCGCAAAAAUUCGAAAUCGGGAUUCGAGCGAAGCCUCCAUUGUGUCCGUAUCGUACGGUCCUUGCACUGCCGUAUCCGUGGCAUUCCGCCAUGUCCUAUCCACGGGUUCAAG